ACAGCUAAGACUGGCCCUGCUCUGAGAGGGAAGUAUCUCCGGGGCUCUGGGGUGGGACAGGCUUCAGGGCUGGAGCUCUUGCAAGUGCCACAGGGAGAGGAGAGAGGCACCUUCCCACCGCCCACCCUGCUCCAGCACGUGUCAGGUGGGAAAGCCGGAAACAGAGGCUUCUCUCAAGCAUGAAAGGGUCCAAGCAUGUUUGGCCAGCGUGCUUGCCCCAGAAAGGCAGACUUGAUUUUGAAGACUCAAGAAAAGAAACCUAGGCGGGGGGUGGGGGUAGGGGGUGGGGGUGGGUGGGUUGGGGCAACUGAAGCCUGUGAGCCUUCCCUGGGGCACAGAGGGGAGGGGCCUCAGCACAGAGUGGAAUCGUCAGCUCCGAAGGCUUUGCCCAGUCUCUUCUCAUCUCCCAUUUAACUGGGUACUUGAGCCCAGCGGAUGCAGGAGAGGGGCUCCAGCCCCACAUCUUGUUCCCCUCAGCAGGACCGGGUACAAAGGUCCUCCGCCAUGCUCUUCCUCAGUCUCUACUCUCUACCCCUCUCUCUGACCUGACCCUCCAUCUUAGUCCCUUCCCCAGACAUUUCUGAGUCCCAACCUUUUGUUCUGGGAGAAAACAGAGAAAGCAGAGUCCAGGCCCCUGAUAAGCAAAGGCGGUUGGGUAAGGGGCCCAAACCACCUGAAGGCGGGCGCUUGCACAAGGAGCAGCGAGCCAUCGAGCCGUCGGGGCGGGGCCGGGCUGUCGGGGGAGGGCUGCGGGGAGGCGGUGCUGGCAGGGCCGGACCCCUCAGCCUCGGACAGCACAGCCCGCACCCUGAAGCUGAAGGAGGCCACAGCGAGCAAUGGCCUGAAAGCCCAUGGCUGCCCCUCAGGACCUGGACAUCGCUGUGUGGUUGGCCCUGGUGCAUCUGGAGCAGUAUGCGGACACUUUCCGACGGCAUGGCCUAGCUACAGCUGGUGCGGCCCAACACCUGGGCCACGAGGAGCUGAGGCACUUGGGCAUCAGUGCUACAGGACACCGGAAACGCAUCUUGCGCCUGUUGCGGGCAGGCUCUGCUGAGGGUUUCCUGGAUUCUCAUCUGGAUAAUACCAUGGAGCCAACUCCCAGCCCAGCCCCUGAUGCCCAACCCCCCAAGCCUGUGCCUAAGCCCAGGACGGUGUUUGGGCUCAGCAACCCUGCCACUGCCCAGAGGCCUGGACUGAGCCCAAUCUUCUGGGAUCCAGAAGUAUCCAGGAACUCAGAGUGUACGCAAAGAUCCUCUCCUCUCCUUCCUUCCUCCUCUGAACAGCCUUCAGUCCCGAAUACCAUGGAGAUGAUGCCUAAUGCCAUCUACUUUGGCCUGGACUUAAGAGGUCGGGCCCAGGCAGCUCAGGACGUGACUCCAGAUAGUUCUCAGGCGACUGUCCCAACCCCUGCCUUCAGGCCCACAACAGGCACAGUGCACAUCAUGGAUCCUGGUUGCCUGUACUACGGUGUCCAGCCUGUGGGGAUCCCAGGAGCCUCUGACAGGAGAGACGGCAGGGGUGUCUGUCAGGAAAGGGCAGAACACAGACAGGAUCUGGAGACACGGGAGGAUGCUGGUUAUGCCAGCCUCGAGCUACCUGGAGACUCCAUUCUUUCGCUACCCACCCAGGAUGCAGAGACCAGUGAUGACCUCAUUUCGCCCUAUGCCAGCUUCUCCUCCACAGCAGAUCGUCCCGUGCCUCUGCUCAGUGGCUGGCUGGACAAGCUCUCACCUCAGGGAAACUAUGUGUUCCAGAGACGUUUUGUGCAGUUCAAUGGAAGGAGUCUAAUGUACUUUGGCAGUGACAAGGACCCCUUCCCCAAAGGUGUGAUCCCUCUGACUGCCAUCGAGAUGACCCGAAGCAGCAAGGACAACAAAUUCCAGGUCAUUACCGGCCAGAGAGUAUUUGUGUUCCGCACAGAGAGUGAGGCUCAGCGUGACCUAUGGUGCUCCACGCUGCAAUCCUGCCUGAAGGAACAGCGCCUCCUGGGCCACCCCCGGCCCCCUCACCCACCACGACCCCUCCGCACGGGCACGUUAGAGUUGCGUGGACACAAGGCCAAGGUGUUUGCUGCCUUGAUCCCUGGAGAGCUGGCACUGUACAAGAGUGAGCAGGCCUUCUCACUGGGCAUCGGGAUCUGCUUCAUUGAACUGCAAGGCUGCAGUGUCCGGGAGACCAAGAGUCGAAGCUUCGAUCUGCUCACACCCCAUCGCUGCUUCAGCUUCACAGCCGAGUCUGGGGGGGCUCGACAGAGCUGGGCAGCCGCUCUGCAAGAAGCAGUAACCGAGACACUGUCUGACUACGAGGUGGCUGAGAAGGUCUGGUCCAACCCGGCAAACCGGCAUUGUGCGGACUGCAGGGCCUCCCGGCCGGAUUGGGCUGCCGUCAACCUGGGGGUCGUCAUCUGCAAGCAGUGUGCAGGUCAGCACAGGGCCCUGGGCUCUGGGAUCUCCAAGGUGCAGAGCCUGAAGCUGGACACGAGUGUCUGGAGUAAUGAGAUAGUGCAGCUGUUCAUUGUCCUGGGAAAUGAUCGUGCCAAUUGCUUCUGGGCAGGGGCACUUCCCCCAGGUGAAGGGCUGCAUCCAGAUUCAGCCCCUGGCCCUCGAGGAGAGUUCAUCUCCCGAAAGUAUAAGCUGGGUCUCUUCCGGAAGCCCCACCCUCGGCAUCCAGAUCAUAGCCAGCUUCUCCAGGCACUGUGUGCAGCUAUGGCAGGACCCAACCUGCUCAAGAACAUGGCCCAGCUUCUCUGUGUCGAAACCUCUGAGGGAGAGGAACCCUUGUCCCCUUCAGCCCUCAAUGGCAGCUUGCUUAGCCUUCUACCUUCAGACUCCCCUGGAGUAUACAAUGAGGUGGUAGUGCCUGCCACUUACAGAGGUUUCCUGUACUGUGGCUCCAUCAGCAACAAGGCUGGAGCCCCACCCCUUCGCAGGGGCCGGGAUGCUCCUCCCCGCUUGUGGUGUGUGCUGGGAGCUGCCCUGGAAAUGUUUGCAUCAGAGAGCAGCCCUGAACCCCUCAGCCUUCUCCAGCCCCAGGAUAUUGUAUGUCUGGGUGUAAGCCCCCCACCUGCUGAUCCAGGUGACCUUGACAGGUUCCCCUUUUCCUUUGAACUCAUCCUCACUGGGGGAAGAAUCCAGCAUUUUGCCACUGAUGGAGCAGACAGUCUAGAGGCCUGGAUCAGUGCAGUGGGCAAGUGGUUCUCCCCGCUCAGCUGCCACCAGCUGCUGGGCCCUGGGUUGCUGCGGAUGGGUCGCCUGUGGCUACGGUCCCCCUCCCACGCAGGCCUGGCCCCUGGUCUCUGGCUGUCGGGCUUCGGCCUCCUUCGUGGUGAUCAUCUCUUCCUGUGCCCAGCGCCUGGCCCUGGUCCCCCUGCUCCGGAGGACAUGGUGCAUUUACGACGUCUACAGGAGAUCAGUGUGGUCUCGGCAGCUGACACUCCAGACAAAAAGGAGCAUUUGGUCCUUGUAGAGACAGGAAGGACCCUGUAUUUGCAGGGGGAAGGCAGGCUAGACUUUGCAGCGUGGAACACGGCCAUUGGAGGUGCUGCCGGAGGGGGUGGCACGGGCCUGCAGGAGCAGCAGAUGAGCCGGGGAGACAUCCCUAUCAUUGUGGACGCUUGCAUCAGUUUUGUCACGCAGCAUGGGCUCCGGCUGGAAGGUGUAUAUCGGAAAGGAGGCGCUCGAGCCCGCAGCCUGCGACUCUUGGCUGAGUUUAGGCGGGAUGCCCGGUCAGUGAAGCUUAGACCACGGGAACACUUUGUAGAAGAUGUUACUGACACACUCAAACGCUUCUUUCGAGAGCUUGAUGACCCCGUGACCUCUGCUAGGUUGCUGCCUCGAUGGAGAGAAGCUGCAGAGCUUUCCCAGAAGAAUCAGCGCCUGGAGAAGUACAAAGAAGUGAUUAGCUGCCUGCCUCGAGUCAACCGCAGAACACUGGCCACCCUCAUCGGGCAUCUGUACCGGGUGCAGAAGUGUGCGUCUCUAAACCAGAUGUGCACGCGGAACCUGGCCCUACUGUUUGCACCUAGUGUGUUCCAGACAGAUGGGCGGGGAGAGCAUGAGGUUCGGGUACUGCAGGAGCUCAUCGAUGGCUACAUCUCUGUUUUUGAUAUUGACUCGGACCAGGCAGCUCAGAUUGACUUGGAGGUCAGUCUCAUUACCACCUGGAAGGAUGUGCAGUUGUCCCAGGCUGGAGACCUCAUCAUGGAGGUUUACAUAGAACAGCAGCUCCCGGACAACUGUGUCACCCUAAAGGUAUCCCCAACACUGACUGCUGAGGAGUUGACUAACCAGGUGCUGGAGAUGCGAGGGGCGGCAUCGGGGACAGACUUGUGGGUGACAUUUGAAAUUCUUGAACACGGAGAGCUUGAGAGGCCACUGCACCCCAAAGAAAAGGUUCUAGAGCAGGCCUUGCAGUGGUGCCAGCUUCCAGAGCCCUGCUCAGCCUCUCUGCUUCUGAGAAAAGUCUCUAUGGCACACGCUGGCUGCCUCUUCACAGGAGUCCGGCGUGAGAGCCCACGAGUGGGGCUGCUACGGUGUCGUGAGGAGCCACCUCGAUUGCUGGGAAACCGUUUCCAGGAGAGGUUCUUUUUGGUGCGUGGCCGAUGCCUGCUGCUGCUCAAGGAGAAGAAGAGCUCUAAGCCAGAACGGGAGUGGUCUCUGGAAGGUGCCAAGGUCUACCUGGGAAUCCGCAAGAAGUUAAAACCUCCAACACUGUGGGGUUUCACAUUAAUAUUGGAAAAGAUGCACCUCUGUCUGUCCUGCAUGGAUGAGGAGGAGAUGUGGGACUGGACCACAAGCAUCCUUAAAGCCCAGCAUGAUGACCAACAGUCCGUGGUUUUACGUCGCCGUUCCUCCUCUGACCUUGCUCGUCAGAAGUUUGGCACUAUGCCCUUGCUGCCCAUCCGAGGGGAUGACAGUGGAGCCACCCUUCUCUCUGCCAAUCAGACCCUGCGGCGACUACACAACCGGAGGACCUUAUCCAUGUUCUUUCCAAUGAAGUCACCCCAGGGAUCUGUGGAAGAGCAAGAUGAGCUGGAGGAGCCUGUGUAUGAAGAGCCAGUAUAUGAGGAGGUCGGGGCCUUCCCUGAGCUUACCAAGGACACGACCUUCUCUUCCACAUGGGAGUGGUCAGCCAAGUCAGAUCCAUCCCUUACCAGCCAGAGGUCCUUUGAUCAACCCCCCCUCUCCAAGGCAAGCAUGUUGGGCCACGAAGAGAGGAUACCUGACCCUCCUCCGGGCCCCCCUUCAAAAAGCAGUUCUCAGGCACGAGGGUCCCUAGAGGAACAGCUGCUUCAGGAACUCAACAACCUCAUCCUGAGGAAAGGAGAGCCUGCCUCGUGCCCAGAAAGCUCUUCCCAGCCCACCAGUCCCCAAGCCCCAAGCCCCACCAGCCUUCCAACACCGACCCCCAGCUUACCCACCCAACCGCCCUGCACUUCCAAUCCACCCUCCAGCCAGCCUCUCACAUGACCCCAGGGCCCGCAGUUGAGGAGGUAGGUAACCAGAGGCGAAGCCAGGCUCUCACCAUGGCAGAUUACUGCUGGGAGCUGCUUCUGCCCUGGAUGGAUGACUCUGGAAUCCAGUAUGGUACCAUGGAAGGAGCACUGGACUGAGAGCCCUGGAGACUGUGUGUCUCAGGGAAGAUCAUGGCCCCUCUCUGGGCCCAGCCCAUUUGUCUGUACUAUGAAGUCACUAAAAGAAGGAGAGGGGUGAACACCGAACUGUUUCUGAGCUAGGAGCCCUGAUAUUUCCCCUCAAUAAGGGCAGCUCCUAGUUGAUAUAUUUGAUAUAGGGGUUCAGUGAGAGCUUUGUGGCCUAAGAAUGGUUUUACUACAUUAUAGGAAAGUGAAGGUUUGGAAGCUAGAGAUGGGCAUGAUAUCUAAAUCUAUGUUAUUCCGCUUCCUAUGUACUGGAACUGCCUUGAGGCCCUAGAGUGGCUGAUUGGGAUUGGGAGCUGGGGCAAAGGGGAGUCGAAGAGGAAUGGAUCACUAUUAAUAAAAUUUGGAACCAAAAGGCUCA